AUUUUGGAUGCCAUCUGAGUUCAUCUCCCUCCUGCCAGUAGAGGAUAAACUGUGAAACAAUUCUGUGGAAAAACAUUCAAGUCUCCUUUUGUACAUGAGUUUCAGAGACGAUUGGCAUGGUUUUAACACCACCAGAUCAUCACUAGGAACUAGCUGCAGCCAUGAGUUCAGAGGAAAAGGGUAUAUCUCCUGCUCACAAAACAUCUACUCCAUCACAUAAGAGUGCCUCCUCUUCAUCAUCCCAGAGAGACAGUAGACAGAGCGUUCAUAUUUUGGAGCGGAAGGCUUCAUCUGGAAGCACUGAUCAAUCUAUAAGCAAGCAACUACUGGAAACAGAUCCUGUUUCUCUAUCAAAGGAGCCUGACAGCUGGGAAAUUAUAGAGGGACUGAAGAUAGGACAGACUAAUGUCCAGAAGCCAGACAGACAUGAAGGUUUCAUGCUGAAAAAAAGAAAAUGGCCUUUAAAAGGUUGGCACAAGCGUUUUUUUGUCCUGGAUAAUGGCAUGUUAAAAUAUUCAAAGUCACCGAUUGAUACACAGAAAGGCAAGGUACAUGGAAGUAUUGAUGUUGGUUUAUCAGUUAUGUCAAUUAAAAAGAAAGCUCGUAGAAUAGACCUCGAUACAGAAGAGCACAUAUAUCACCUGAAGGUGAAGUCCCAGGACUCAUUUGAUGCAUGGGUGUCAAAAUUGCGCCACCACAGAUUGUAUCGUCAGAAUGAAAUUGUAAGAUCACCAAGAGAUGCUAGCUUCCAUAUAUUCCCUUCAGGCUCUACUACAGAAUCUUCACCAGCUGCUAACGUUGCUGUAUUAGAUGGAAAGGUACAACAAAAUAGCUUCCCAUGGCAAUCUCCUAUACCAUGCAGUAAUAGCCUUCCUGCAACAUGUACUACUGGUCCAAGCAAAGUAGCAGCUUGGCUACAGGACUCAGAAGAGAUGGACAGAUGUGCAGAAGACCUUGCACACUGCCAGUCAAAUCUUGUGGAACUUAGCAAACUUCUUCAAAAUCUAGAAAUACUACAGAGAACUCAGUCAGCACCAAACUUCACUGACAUGCAGGCUAACUGUGUAGAUAUUUCAAAGAAAGACAAGAGGGGCACAAGACGAUGGAGAACAAAAAGUGUCAGCAAAGAUGCAAAAAUACAGCUUCAGGAAGGGCCAGCGCCGAAGGGUCAGUUCAGCACAACACGACGCCGGCAGAGACUAGCAGCUGCAGUGGCUACAACAGUCCCUUUCAGUGCUACAAUGUCACCAGUUCGCCUGCAUUCGUCCAAUCCCAACCUUUGUGCAGACAUUGAAUUUCAGACCCCCCCAAGCCAUGUAGCUGACCCCCUGGAAUGUUCCACAGAUUACAUCAAACUUCAAGAAGAGUUUUGCCUUAUGGCACAGAAAGUGCAUUCUCUUUUGAAGUCUGCCUUUAACAGCAUAGCUAUAGAGAAGGAGAAGCUUAAACAGAUUGUUUCAGAACAGGAUGUUACAGGCCACAAUGCACAAAUAGCACAUCUCCGACAGUCACUUUCUCAGGCUCUCAACCAGAAUGCUGAACUAAGGAGUCGCUUGAACAGAAUACAUUCAGAGUCUGUUAUUUGUGAUCAGGUUGUCAGUGUAAAUAUUAUCCCUAGUCCUGAUGAGACCGGUGAACAAAUCCAUGUCAGUCUCCCAUUGAACCAACAAGUUUCCAAUGAGAGCAGGCUCUCUAUGUCUGAAUCUGUCUCUGAAUUCUUUGAUGCACAGGAAGUACUUAUAUCAGCAAGCUCUUCAGAAAAUGAGGCUUCUGAUGAUGAAUCUUACAUCAGUGAUGUGAGUGAUAACAUAUCUGAGGACAAUACCAGUGUUGCUGACAACAUAUCCCGACAAAUUCUCAAUGGUGAGCUGACAGGAGGCGCCUUCAGGAAUGGACGACGGACUUGUCUUCCAGCUCCCAGUCCUGAUACCAGUAACAUCAAUCUGUGGAAUAUUUUAAGAAAUAAUAUUGGUAAAGAUCUCUCCAAAGUGUCCAUGCCAGUUGAGCUAAAUGAACCUCUCAAUACUUUGCAACAUCUUUGUGAAGAACUAGAAUACAGUGAACUCUUGGACAAGGCUGCUGAAACAGAUGAUCCCUAUGAACGCAUGGUUCUUAUAGCUGCCUUUGCAGCUUCCGGAUAUGCCUCCACUUACUUCAGAGCAGGAAGCAAGCCAUUUAAUCCAGUGCUUGGUGAGACAUAUGAAUGUAUUAGAGAAGAUAAAGGAUUUCGAUUUUUUUCAGAGCAGGUUAGCCACCAUCCACCCAUUUCUGCCUGUCACUGUGAAUCAAAGAAUUUUGUGUUUUGGCAAGAUAUCAGAUGGAAAAAUAAGUUCUGGGGGAAAUCGAUGGAAAUUCUUCCAGUUGGAGCACUGAAUGUGACUCUCCCAAAGUAUGGAGAUCACUAUGCAUGGAACAAAGUCACAACCUGCAUACAUAACAUCCUUAGUGGAAGGAGAUGGAUAGAACAUUAUGGAGAAAUAACUAUCAGAAACACAAAAAGCAGUAUUUGUAUUUGUAAACUCACAUUUGUCAAGUUAAAUUAUUGGAAUUCAAAUGCAAACGAAGUCCAAGGAGUUAUCAUGGACCAAGAAGGAAAGGUUGUGCAUCGCCUCUUUGGAAAGUGGCACGAAGGACUGUAUUGUGGAGUUGGACCUUCAGCAAAGUGUAUAUGGAGGCCAGGCUCCAUGCCAACGAACUAUGAACGUUAUUAUGGCUUUACAAGGUUUGCUACUGAGCUCAAUGAGUUAGAUCCUGUAUUAAAAGAUCUUCUUCCAGCAACAGAUGCACGAUUUAGGCCAGAUCAAAGAUUUUUGGAAGAAGGAAAUGUAGAAGCAGCAUCAGCUGAUAAGCAGAGAAUAGAGGAACUGCAGAGAAGCAGAAGGCGGUACAUGGAAGAAAACAACAUUGAAUACAAACCAAAAUUUUUUAAAAAAGUUAACGAUGCCAAUCAAAGAGAAGCCUGGGUUUCUAAUGACACCUAUUGGGAACUACGAAAGGAUCCUGGCUUUAGUAAAAUAGAAACCCCAGUACUCUGGUAAACUGAGAAUGUAGAUCUGGUAAACAUAUCACUCUCUGAAGAAAAAAAUAACUAUGCACAAUAUGUUUCUUAUAGCUAAGUGUGGUUUGUGGGUCUACACAAAACCUACCAUUUGCUUUUUAUAUUCUCCUUUAUAAAGGACUUUCAAAAGUGCAUUAGAUCAGGCCCCUGACCACUUUUGGAUCCUUUUAAUUUUGCAGCAGCCAUUAAAAAAACACACAAAAAAACAAGCAAACAAAAAAAGACAAAAAAAACUUGUAAUGUUCAUACGCUGAAAAUGAAGAACAGAAGAAGCAGAUAAAUUAUCCAUAGUCAUUCUGAAGUAAUAGUACAACACAAAACUGCAACCGGUGCUUUAAAAAGAAGUUAAGAAUAAUGGGGGAUGGGAUGGGGCAGUGUGGGGAGGGGGUUGAAAAAGAAAGGAAAUAAGGGAAGAAAAAGAAAAAAUCCAUUUUGUUGUAACUUAUUUUGGUAAAAUUCUCGAGUCACAACAGUCUCUCAUUUCUGACUUCAGGUUAGUCCUUUGAUGUGAUGUGCUUAGGCAGGCCUUGUAAAAAAGACAUAAUGCUUUUCUGGAAGCUGUUCCCAUUCAUAUGCCAUUGUCCAUGCCUUAAAAAAAACAUGAAGGUGUACAAUAAAUCAUUUAAAUAUGUAUCGUUAGGCUUGUGUGAAGGGCAGAUUUUUAAAGCGUUAGGAUUUUAUUCAUAUUAUAGCUGUUGGAGAAUAUGUCUUGUUUUAAAAAACAAACACCUAACUGGAAUACAGGGGAAAGUAAUCUACUGUACAUGCUUUAGCUUUGGGAAACUGGUUGUAUAAUCAGACUGAAAAUAAAAAAAGGAACUAGCUAAUUUUGGUAAAUUUUGGUAAAUGUGUCUGUGUUGCUAGUCCAGAAAUUCAUAUUCUAAAUAGCUAAUGCUAAAAUAUAUGCAUCUUGUGCACCACUGAUUUGACAUAGGUUUGCUCUUUGUCUCAUUUCCCCAUAACUAUUUAUACAAUUAGAAUUCCCUGAAGCUCUGCAACAGUGUUAAAAGCACAGAGAGGUUCCAUAGGAGAGUCUCUGGCUUCGCUCCAGAGACUGAAUAGUACUGUAACCUGUCACUCAUACUGCCUGUUUUACUGCACUGUUUGCCUGUGCACACUAUCCCCCUGCCGCCUUAGUUGAAUUUGUUAGUGGGGCCGGGCUGAAGCAACCAUAUUUGCUGCCCAGUAGCUUGUUCUUAGGUUGUCAAAAUAGCUUUUAUGCAAGAUUAUAUUUUACAAUUUUUCAUAAAGUGAUUCUAUAUUUUUGAUUAAGGAACAAGUCUCUACAAUGUUGCUAUGCCACGGUUAAUGUGUAUGGGAGGAGGAUGGGCACUUUCUGUCUGAAAAGACUGAAAUUGUAAACUGUAGGGCAAGUCUUACUUAAAAAAAAGGUUUAUUAGA